ACACACACACACACACACGUAUUGAUACACACAUUGAUACAUACACACACACACACACACACACACAUUGAUACAUACACAAGCACACACAUUGAUACACACAUUGAUAUUGACAACACACAUUGAUAUUGACACACACACACAGUGUGGUUGUAGUGUUGGUUCGGUCCAGUUUGCAGUCCUCUGGGCCUCUUGAUCAACAUUUAACCCGGUUUUGUGUAGUUGGACCUGUAGUUUGAAUGGAUAUGUGACACAAACACACCGUCUGGACCGGUCCAGGUUCUGGUGUUGGAUCAGGAUGGAGAACCCUCAGAAAUCAGGUCCACUGGUGAGAGAUCUGACUCGAACCUUCAGCCACUACAACAAACACAACAUCUUCCUGAAGAAGAACCUGAAAGAGACCAUCAUCUUCUUCCGAGAGAUCCGUCAGAACCACAGCAACACCUGCACCAGCACACCUGGACCCGAGACAGGUCCGCUCAGCGGUAUCUCAUUCCCACAUCAACAGGAAGAAUGCCUGCAGAAUGUUGUCGGUAGUGCACCCUAUAUCCUUAUUCUGGGUCAGGACUGUGCGGCCCAGUACCAACUCCUGAACUGUCUGCUGGGAGAGAGGAUCCUCCCACUCGGGCCGGAGGCGGGCGGGGCCUGUGGGCCGGAGGGCGGGGCCUGCCGUAGGAGGAAGUUGUGUUUCACACACGGUCGUCAGAGGCGGUUGAGUUUGCCGUUGUCGGGUCAGUAUGAGCUUGUGCAUCAGUUAGCGGCUCACUGUGGUCGCUGGGAUACGGUGCCGUCUGAAGACCUGGAGAUCCAGGAGUGUGAAGAUGAUGCGCUGCGAUCGGCCGAGCUCGAGAUCACACUCCAUCAUCCACUGCUACAGGAGGUGAAGAUCAUGGUUCUUCCGUGUCGUAACGCGCAGACCGUCGAAGACGCUCUGGGUGACCGCAAGCACGGAAUUCUUCCCAUAAUCCUCUACGCCGUCAGCAAAGACGUGUUGACUCUCCAGCAGGUGAGCGAUCUGAAGAAAGUUCGCGAGAUGCUGUCGUUCCCCAUUUGCUUCGUACGGAUCCCGAGUGGCCUGGCGGCAUCCCCGGAACUAUCCCGCGGUGGCCGCGAGAGAGACUGCGGUGCGCUGUACGAACAGCUCGUGUCUCUGGAGCUCAUCAACAGUUCAGAGGGACCCUGUGCUUGUGGAACGCCUGCGCAGACGCCCGGCGGAUCCAGCAAGAUGCAGAGCAUUCUGGGAGAGAGUCUGGAGCGUCUGCACCGCGUGCUGGUGCCGUUCACGCGACUCGUGUUGCAGAAUCAACAGGUGGAGGCCGCAAACAUGCUGAACGACGUUCACUGCAGCUCUCUGGAUUUCUUCAUCAACCAGGCGUUUGACCUGCAGCGAGAUCUUCAGAUUACGCCUCGUCGUCUGGAGUACACUCGUGAGAAAGAGGGCGAGCUUUUCUGCUCUCUCAUGGUCAUCGCCAACCGCAAACAAGAGGAGAUGAAGGAGAUGAUCAUCGAGACGCUGAGCAGCAUGAAGGAGCAACUGCUGGAGGAUGCCGCUAACCUACAGUUCACAGAUAUCAUCGUGUCUUCUAACGGUGAUCCAGUGACUUCUAAAGACAUCAAGGUGUGUAUUAAUCAGAUUCAGGAUCUGAUCGUGAAUGGACUCAAUCAGGCCGUGGCUAAUAAACUCACCAGUUCAGUGAAUAUACUGCGAGAGAGUUUCGUGGGAACGCUGGAGAGAUGUCUCGCCAGUCUGGAGAAAUCCACCUCAGAGUCUUGUGUGCACAACGUCACGUCCAACCACCUCAAACAGAUUCUGAACGCUGCGUAUCAUGUGGAGGUGACGUUUCAGUCGGGUUCUUCUGUCACAUGGAUGUUCUGGGAACAGAUUAAACAGAUAUUUCACAGGAUAUCGUGGGUGAAUCCUCCCUCCAUCACUCCGGAGUGGAAGCGUAAAGUGGCUCAGGACGCCAUCGAGAGUCUCAGCGCCGCUAAACUGUCCAAGAGCAUCUGUUCCCAGUUCAGAACACGCCUCAACAGCUCACAUGAAGCGUUCGCCGCCUCGCUCAGACAGCUGGAGGAGGGGCACACGGGUCGUUUGGAGCGCACUGAAGAUCUGUGGCUGCGGGUGAGGAAAGAUCACGCCCCACGACUCGCCCGCCUGUCACUGGAGAGCCGAUCACUCAGAGAUAUCCUGCUGCACGGGAAGCCGAAGCUGGGCCGUGAGCUGGGGCGAGGGCAGUAUGGGGUGGUGUAUCUGUGUGAUAAUUGGGGCGGUCAUCACCCCUGUGCGCUCAAAUCUGUGGUUCCUCCUGAUGACAAACACUGGAAGGAUCUGGCGCUGGAGUUUCACUACACACGGUCUCUGCCCAAACACGAGCGGCUGGUGAAUCUUCACGGGUCAGUUAUUGAUCACUCUUAUGCCGGCGGCUCCAGUAUCGCAGUUCUGUUGAUCAUGGAGCGGUUACAUCGAGACCUCUACACCGGACUGAAGGCCGGGCUCUGUCUGAAGGAGAGGUUACAGAUCGCUCUGGACGUGGUGGAGGGAAUCCGGUUCCUGCACGGUCAGGGUCUCCUGCACCGAGACAUCAAACUCAAGAACGUUCUGCUGGACAAACAGAACCCCAAAAUCACCGAUCUGGGCUUCUGCAAACCCGAGGCCAUGAUGUCGGGCAGUAUAGUGGGCACUCCCAUUCACAUGGCACCAGAACUGUUUACAGGAAAGUACGAUAACUCUGUGGAGGUACGCCUUCGGAUUCUCUUCUGGUAUCUCUGCACCGGAUCUGUCAAACUUCCAGAAGCGUUUGAGAAAUGUUCCAGUAAAGACCAUCUGUGGACCAACGCCAAGAAAGGUACGAACAUCCGCUCUCUUUCUGCAGUCACUGGAAUGUUCUCGCUCACUCAUUUUAUUGGUGUGUUUCAGGCUCGCGCCGAGCGCUUGCCAACGCUUGACGAGGAAUGCUGGCAGCUCAUGGAAGCAUGCUGGAAUGGCGACCCUUCCCAGCGGCCCCUGCUCGGGAUCGUACAGCCCAGUCUGCAGCGCAUCAUGGACCGUCUGUGUGACAACUCUGACCAAAAGAGCGCAAACCUUGAAGACUCAAACUGAAGCGCACACGCUCCGGUAUAUUCCACAACUGAAGCGCACACGCUCCGGUAUAUUCCACAAAUGAAGAAGCGCCUGUUAUGCAUGUGUGGACAGAUGGACAAACAUGAUAGAAGAUGAUGCGUGUCAUACUUACUAGAGUGAUCGAGUUCUGCUGCUUCCUCGUAGAGGUCAUAUAUUCUACAAGUCGUUUUGUGAUACAGAUGAAUUGACACAUUGUAGAUGUGUUUAAACUGAUUGACACUUUUUUUAAAUAAAAUCAUUUGAACCGCUGGACUGAAUUUAAUGUGCAAAAAGCAUUAAUAGGAAAUCAUUAUAGGAGGAGAAUUCCAGCCAUGAUGUCGCCAUCUUUUGUCAUCGAGCAUGUUUCCAUUUCAUCAAAACAAAACAUCGACUCGAGUGUAUUGAGAUAUUUAUGGCGUUUUUCUUGGAUUUACAUUUAAUAGGCUGCUCGUGCACAUACGCUUGUCAGGAUUGGCGAGACACCUUGAAUCUCUUAUGUUCAAUUAGAAGACAUUAUGGCUAGAACACUUUGAAUGGACAAGAAUGUGAAUUUUAGAUUGUGAACAGCUAUACAUUAUCUGAGUAAACAACAUUAAAGACAACACUUGAGUUAUC